AUGAAUUCUUCAGUUGACAGGCCCUCUAGGAAGAAGGUAGCCAUUGUGGGCAGUGGUUGUUCUGGCAUUGCCGCGCUCUGGGCACUAAACCGAAGCCAUCACGAUGUGUACCUUUAUGAGGCUGCCGGACGUCUCGGUGGGCACACUAACACGGUUGAAUGGAGGCGUGGCAAGUUCAGGACGAUGGUUGACACUGGCUUUAUCGUGAUGAACACUGCUACAUACCCGAACUUCAUAAACUUUCUUGACAAAGUGAGAGUGCAGACAGUGCCCACCCCGAUGACGUUUGGUGUUUCACGAGACUAUGGCAACUUCGAGUGGUCGGGGACCAGCUUGGACGCGCUCUUCUGCCAGCGGAAGAACCUGCUCUCCCCGAGAACGUGGCGCAUGAUCUUUGAUAUCAUUCGUUUCAACCAGUUCGCCCUUGAUCUUCUGAUAGCGGACGAUCCCGAAGCUACUUCUCCGGCCAGUGGCAGUGGCAGGAGGUCUGUAGACGUCGAGGAGACGAUCGGGCAGUAUCUGGAUAGAGAGCGUUAUUCAGACGCCUUCCGGGACGACUAUCUUAUUCCCAUGACAGCUGCUGUGUGGAGCACCAGCCCGGACAAGUGCUCCUUGGAGUUUCCGGCCGUGACACUGGUCCGCUUCCUCUGGAACCACCACCUCCUAUCAACGAUCAGCGACAGGCCAGAGUGGCUCACGAUCCCAGAUGGGGCAAAGUCCUAUAUUGACGUUGUCAUGAGGGGCUUUCCAUCCAACCACCUCUUUCUUAAUACCGCUGUCCGAUCGGUGACCAACGACAAAGAUGGCCGUGUUCGGUUACACCUCGACAACGGCAAGUCCGAUGUAUAUGAUCACGUCAUAUUGGCCACCCAUGGGGACCAGGCAUAUUCCAUUAUCCGUGGAUCGGCCACAGAAGAGGAGAAGGCCAUCAUGUCCUGCUUCCACACGUCGCAAAAUUCCGCCGUCUUGCACUCAGACCUGUCUCUAAUGCCUCUGUCACGCAAGGCAUGGUCGAGCUGGAACUACCUGACGCGCUCGUCUCCGUGGACCGGCAGGGACGACGUAGCCCAGGUCUCGUUGACGUAUAACAUGAACAUCUUACAGCACAUCCCGCGCGAGACAUUUGGCGAUGUUCUUGUCACACUGAAUCCCCUCCACGAGCCGGAUCCCAGCACCGUCCAGGGCAGGUACAACUACGCGCAUCCCCUCUACAAUGCCGCAGCAAUCAGGGCGCAGCAGCUGUUGCCACGGAUCCAGAACAAGCGCGGCAUCAGCUACGCGGGGGCCUGGACAAAAUACGGCUUCCAUGAAGACGGCUUUAGCAGCGGUCUUUUCGUGGCGCAAGAACAUCUCGGCACGAAGCUACCUUUCCGUUUCAAGGACUCAACAUUCAGCCGGGGACAGAAACCAGAACUGGGGUUUGUGGACUUGAUCCUACGACUAUUUAUCGUGAUUGUCCAGUUGUUCGUGAUUGAUGUCGUCGAUCGUGUUGUCGGGAUCGACAGACCACGAGCAUCCUCAGCUAAUACAGCCAUGAAUCCCAUACGGCGGCCGGCCUGGCAGAUAUUCGAGAAGGCAUUGGCACGGCCAUGCCUCGUCUGCCAGCGCGCGAGAGCUCAAUGGCACCACAGGCCUGACCCCAGAAGCUUCCGCCCUAUUUCUGGGAGCUCUAGCAGCAGACAGAAGGGGAAGAUGAGUCCAAGCAUGGAGCAUGCGCGCGCCGUGUACGGCAAGAGGAAUCGCACGACCAUGUUCUAUGCCCUCAGCAUCAUUCUCGGCACCGUCGCCCUCUCGUACGGCUCGGUGCCCCUGUAUAAGAUGAUCUGCCAAACCACCGGAUGGGGCGGCCAGCCCGUGCGAGCGCCCAACCACGGAGGAGGCGGGGAAGACGACCUCGCGAAGCGACUGGAACCGGUUAAGGACGCCAAGAGGAUACGGGUUACGUUCAACGCCUCGGUCUCGGACGUCCUGCCGUGGAAGUUCGUCCCGCAGCAGCGGGAGGUGAGGGUGUUGCCGGGUGAGACGGCGCUGGCCUUCUACACGGCGACGAACAAGAGCGAGUCGGACAUCAUCGGCGUCGCUACGUACAGCGUGACGCCCGCGCAGCUGGCGCCGUACUUCAGCAAGAUCCAGUGCUUCUGCUUCGAGGAGCAGAGGCUGAACGCGGGGGAGACGGUCGACAUGCCCGUCUUCUUCUACCUGGACCCCGACAUGCUGAACGAUCUGAACACGAGGGGCAUUGAGACGGUGACCCUGUCGUACACCUUUUUCAAGGCGAAAUAUGACAACAACGGGAAGCUGAAGGGGUUCAUCCCGCCGACCUGA